GCGCCUCGCGGUGGCUCACCAGUUGAGCCCCGCUGGGCUUCUGAAGUCCGGGCUGAUCGAUCUCCUUUCUGUGCAGGAAGGCUUGGUCAUCCCGGACCUCAAGGACUUUGCCGUGGACCGUCCCGAAGCCAAAGCGAAGGCCAAGGCGGAUUCCGCUUUCUUUGGCUCGCGGCACCACCUCGUCAUCGCCCUCUUCUUCCUCGGCCUCCUCCUCCUCGUCCUCUUCCGCGUCGGCACGGAUGCUGUCUUGUAUCCUAAAGCCUAG